AUGACAUCUCCGGCGAUAUUCUCCACCGCAACGUCAAUCAAUUUACCUCCAUCCACCGCCAAUAAUCGUGUAAUUUCCCCCUUUUUAUGUGCUCCCGCUUGUGAUUGCUCUCUAACUCGUAGAAUCACCAACAACAAAAGAUCGAAUCUGCGUCUACGGAUCAAAGCAGCGGCGUCGGACUCCACGGCGAUCGUUGACAAUCCAACGGCGGCGUCCACUUCUGAAGAAGAAGAAGGAAUUAAGGCGAAGAUCGGAGCUAGGGUUAGGGUUAAAGUGCCGUUGAAGGUUUAUCAUAUACCUAAAGUAUCGGAAGUAGAGUUGAAUGGGAAGGAAGGCAAAAUCAAAGAUAACAUCUCCGUUUGGAAAGGGAAACACAUUUCGGCUAAUUUUCCUUACAAGAUUGAGUUCUUCGAGAAACUUGAAGGUCGCGGCGACUCUCCUGUGAAGUUCUUCGCACACCUCAAGGAAGAUGAAUUUGAAUAUAUUGAUUGA